CUUCGUUCUUCUUUGGGACAGUUUUUGCUUUUGCGUUGCUGUCCGGUGUCGCAGUGUUUUGGCCCUCGCAGGCCGCCGUAGUCGGAGCUACUGGCGGUCCGGCGGUGAACAUCAUGUCGGAACCGGCGGUUCGGGUCUCAGGGAUCGUUCUGGCUUCCCUCAUGUUCCAGCACGCGAACAGCGACUCGGACGUGGAGGGUCUCGUGCUCGGAGAGAGCCGCUUUGAAGAGCAGGUGACCAUCAGCGACUCUCAGUCUGACCGCGUGCACAUCCAGGAGACCUACAACGUGCAGAAGCAUGUGGCCUGUCGGCGGCUGGACACUCUGUACAGCGGCUCCGGGGAGGUGAACAUGGAGGUGCUGCAGGAGAUGCUGGCGGAUGGCGGGCCGGCGGGUCAUGAUGGGGGUCGGCUGGCUCCGCCUCAGGUCAGUUCUGACCCGGCUCCGGCGGGUCAUGAUGGGGGUCGGCUGGCUCCGCCUCAGGACGGCGUGAUCGGCUGGUAUCGACAGCGCAGGAACUCGGAGCAGCAGAUGAGCUUCAGGGAGAAGGUGGUCCACGAGAACCUGAGGAGGGCGCUGGCCAACCCCCACAUGAUCUUCAUGCUGCUGACGCCCAGCAGGGCGGUUCUGACCGGAUCCACACACAGAACCGAGUACGCUGCCUUCAUCUGCCGGGACAGGCGCUUCGUGAACAUCCCCGUUCUCGUCAACAACCUGGGUCUCCUGGAGCAGCAGGGGUACUGGAGGGGGGCGGCGCCGUGCUCAGCCACAGGUUACAUCAUCACCAUGAAGAAACACAGGUCCAAGUUCUUCUGCUCCAGCGGCCUGCUGAGGGAGGUGAGCGAGGUGAACAGCAUGAACGAGUCUCUGCAGGCGGAGCUCCAGAAAGCCUGCGGAUGUGUGGAGGAGAGCGAGCGUCAGCUUGAGGCUCUGCAGACCGAGGUCUCCGCUCUCAGGAGGAGGUUAGAGGAGAAGCAGCCGCCAGAACCAGUCGAUGCCGUUCAGGCCGAGCCGAGGAACAACGGCGCCCUGCUCAGCGCCGUCCGGGCUCUGCUGGGCUGCUCGCCCAUGUUCCUCACACAGACGCUCACGCUGCAGGCGUUUCCUGUACCCGAGGAAGACGCCUCACCUGAGACGCAGGUAAAGGAGGAACAGCCCCCCCUUCCGCAGCUGAGUGACAUGACCUCUCGGAAGAGGCCACGAGAGACGGCGGCGAGGGAGAGGAAGCGGAAAAGGAGCAGGUGAUGAGCGGACGUUCAGCAGAAACCUGUCAGGACUGCAUUUCCCACAAUUCACUCUGAUGAAAACCCAUUUUAAAUAAAGUUGUGUUGACUGACAUCA